AUGACUUUUCACGACGAGGCACCGUCAUCAUCCUCCUCCUCGACAUCAUCAUCGUCGAACGGAGAAAAGACGACGACGAGGAGGAAAAAAGAGAAGAACAACAACAACAACCACGCGGCGCGGAAAAAACCCGCCAAUCUUUCCUUGCUCUCCGUGCCGAAAGAAGACGACGCGGCGAAGGAGCAACAGUACCGAUGGACCGGGUCGGGGACGUUUACCGAGGGCGACUUUUCCAUCGGGAAACUGGGCGUGCAAAUAUCCACCUCGGACUUGUCCAAACUGGACGAAGAGACGCAUUCGCAACUCUCGUUAGAAGAAGGAUUUUUGGGCGCGGGCGGCGGCAGAGGAUUCGAGUCGCGGUCGGUAUCCGUGUCCGUGUCCGCGACGCAAAGCGCGAGCCAGAGUCGGACUGCGUCCGUGGUAGAUAUGGUUGGGUUGACGAGGAAGAUGGAAGAGACGGCGAUGAUUCGCGCGAGACAACGACCGAACGCGACGAGCGCGAGUACUACUACUACUACUACUACUACUACUAAUACGAUAAAAAACGAAUUCAACUACGAUAAAAACAACACUACGAAUGAUAAUAACAAUAGUAAAACAGAAGACCAGUCGUUUUCGUCGAGCACGACGGACGGUGGGAGAAACGCGAGCCGAAGUAACACCACCACGAUAUCAAUGACGACGACGAGAGAUAACACGAAUAAUAAUUCGAUCGAAACGGACACGGUUGGGGGGAGCAGCCGAGGAGGAGGAACGGAUGCGAAAAAUUCACCACUCGAUCAAAGUUUAAACACGUCGUGUUCGAACAGUUCCUUGGUGAACGAAGAAGGUGGAACGCCCAGGUUUGGGACGUUCUUAUCCACUUUAGACGAUUUAGAUUUUACGAACGCGAAGAUAUUGGGGUCGGGAGCCUCUGGCGUCGUGCAAACGGCGUUGCACAAACCGACGCAGAAGAUGGUGGCAGUGAAAUCAUUUCGAGUGAAUUUAGACGACGAUAGACGAAAGGCGAUGAUUACCGAGUUGCGGACGUUGCACGAAUCGAAAUGCCCGUACGUUGUGAAUUGUUACGGAGCGUUUUUCGCGGACGGCGCGACUAUUCGCGUGGUUUUAGAACUCAUGGAUGGCGGAUCGUUGGACGCCGUGUGUAAGAAGAAUAAGAACUUACCGUGGAAAGAGGAAAAUAUAGCCGCGGUGGCCAGUCAAGCGAGCACAGGUUUACACUAUCUGCACGAUGUCUUGCGAGUCGUGCACCGAGACGUGAAACCGUCGAAUAUUUUGUGCUGCUUACAAACAGGCAUGGUGAAAUUGUCCGACUUCGGCGUGAGCGGACGCUUGGGCGAAUCUGGCGCCGAGUGUACGAGUUGGGUAGGCACGGCGACGUACAUGUCGCCAGAAAGAAUUCGAGGCGAUGGAUACGAUUACAAAACUGAUUGUUGGAGCUUAGCGUUGACACUGCUUGAAUUCGCGUUUGGUAAGUUUCCGUACGCCGUGGUCGCAUCCAACGAAAAGAAGCAACAACAACAACAAAACAACGAAGGCGGUUUGCAAAAGCAAACGUCCGGAGGGAGUUACGGUGGGUUCUGGGAUAUCAUGGAUUUAAUCGUCCACGGGCCUUCUCCGGAGAGCGAGCUGUGCGAAGAAACGCACGGUAAGUUUACGGAAACGUUUCGCGAAUUUGUGAAGAAAGGACUGCAAAAAGACGCCGAAGCGCGAUAUACGGCGAGCGAAAUGGUGGAACACGAAUUUGUCAAAGCGCGUAGUCCAGAAACGGAUGCGCGAGCGUUUCAGGCGUUUCUGAAAUUUGUAUUUGAAAAGAACUGA